UCCACCCACCAAUAGACAAAAAUAAAAUAAAAUAAAAUAUUGGAUAAGAAAAUUAGAGUCUCUGUUCCUCUUCAAUAAACAAGAAAACCCUCCGAAUUCCAUCCAAUUCUCUGCAAUUAAACCUUUUUCCUCUGCAAUUCAAGCUCAUACGAACCCUAAUUUUCAGUUCUUCCACUGAGAGCUUCUCUAUGCGUUUCAAUUUGGUGUAAUCAACUCAAUCUGAACCAAUAGCAGUGAGUUUUCAUGGCUACCGUGACUGCAACAUGGUCUCCGAGCUCGCUCCAGCUUCGUUUGGCUUUAAAUUACGGCAAUUGCACUAAAACCUCCCCCAUUCUUUUACGGAUGAGACUGGGGAAGCUGGAUCAUCGGGCUCGAGUGCUCUGUGUUGCUCAAGACAGAGAGAGGCCUGGGAAUGGAUUGGAACCCCGUCGUGAUGGUAGUUCGUGGGUCGGGUCAAACUCGACCGCUGAUGGGUUUAAGGGGUGGUCCGAUUCCGAUAAUGGAGAAGAUGCAUUGGAUUCACAGAGGAGGAAAUGGUUUGGAGGGACUGUGGGAGCUGGAGUAGCAGGAGCCGUUUUUGUUGUGGGGCUUACUUUUGCAGCAUUGUCUUUGGGAAAACGAAACAAUUCCAGACCAGAACAAAAAAUGGAGCCCUUAACAACACAGCAGGAGAUGUCUUUGACCUAUGAUGAUCAAAAUGAUAGAAGCACAGAAGAUGUAGAUGAUCAAAGCAAUAUGAAGCAUGAUGCUAGUAGUAGUCCAGAAGGAAGGACAGGUACUUUUGAGGAUUCUUCUUCAUCUACAGAAAUUGAUGAGUCUCUGAGUGAAAUUAGAGUUGGUAAUGAUAAUGAUAUAAGGGAUUUGUCAGUACAAGAUUUUAAGAACACAUCCAGAGACACUGACGCCAUCAAUAAUGCAUCCAUUCAAGAAGAUUCACCACAUGAAUCAACUUCUGAUGACAAGUUACUAGAACCUGAAACAUCCACAAGGCAAUUUAAUCUGCCUGAACCGGAAAAUGGAAAUGAUUCAUUUGUUGCCUAUGGGCUUGAGGAUGUUGACAGCAGCCUCACUGUAGGUACAGGAGAUUUGGCUUCUGUACUUAAAGAGAACCUAGUCAGUGUGGAACCAACCAACUUGCCAGCCCAUGAUGCUAAUCCUUCAAACCUUAGCUUUGAAUCCCAGGAUGGAAUACCUGAGACUAGUGAACAAAAUGAACCUAUAGGUCUGGAUGUUUCAGUUACUUCGCAGUCCAACACAAUUUUAGAACCUCAGAUUUCAUCUGAAGAUAGUAUAGGGACUGUAGCCUCAUCUUCAACCAAAGAAAACCUUGACCUGAGCACAUUGCAGGGCUUAGCUGAGGGAAUCAGUUCAUCCCUGGAAGGGAAUAUCAUAAGUGAAAGUGAGUCAUCUAAAAGCAAAUCACAAUUACCAAAUGCUGGGAAUUCCUUCUCUUCUGCUGGAAUACCUGCUCCAACUGUGGUUUCUGCAGCUCUACAGGUGCUUCCUGGAAAGGUUUUGGUUCCUGCAGUUGUUGAUCAGGUUCAGGGGCAGGCAUUAGCAGCGCUGCAAGUGUUGAAGGUCAUAGAGGCUGAAGUUCAACCUGGUGACUUGUGUACUCGUCGUGAAUAUGCUCGUUGGUUGGUUUCUGCAAGUAGUGCUCUUUCAAGGAACUCAAUUUCUAAAGUAUAUCCUGCCAUGUAUAUUGAGAAUGUUACCGAGCUUGCAUUUGACGAUAUUACACCUGAAGACCCUGAUUUUUCAUCCAUUCAAGGGUUGGCUGAAGCUGGACUUAUUUCAAGCAAGCUGUCAAGAAAUGAUAUGCUUUCUUCCUUAGAUGAAGAUGAGAGUCCGUUCUACUUUUCUCCUGAAAGCCCUCUAUCACGCCAGGAUCUUGUAAGUUGGAAAAUGGCCCUAGAGAAAAGAAAUCUCCCAAAAGCUGACAAGGAGGUCCUCUACCAAAUUUCUGGAUUUAUAGACACCGAUAAGAUACAUCCAGAUGCAUGUCCUGCACUUGUUGCUGACCUAUCAGGAGAGCAGGGUAUUAUUACCCUUGCAUUUGGUUACACCAGACUAUUCCAGCCAGCUAAGCCAGUAACAAAAGCCCAGGCUGCUAUUGCCCUGGCAACUGGAGAGUAUUCUGACUUAGUUAGUGAGGAGCUUGCACGUAUUGAAGCAGAAUCUAUAGCAGAGAAUGCUGUGGAUGCACAUAAUGCUUUAGUAGCUGAAGUUGAAAAGGAUGUGAAUGCAAGUUUUCAGAAGGAUCUUUCCAUAGAGAGGGAAAAAAUUGACGCCGUAGAGAAAAUGGCUGAAGAAGCCAGACGUGAGUUGGAAAGGUUAAGAUCCGAGAGAGAGGAAGAUAAUGUUGCCUUAAUGAAGGAACGUGCAGCUGUUGAAUCAGAAAUGGAAGUUCUGUCAAGGUUAAGGCAUGAGGUUGAGGAACAAUUGGAGAGCCUAUUGAGUAACAAAGUAGAAAUAUCCUAUGAAAAAGAAAGAAUUAGCAAACUUAGGAAAGAAGCAGAAAAUGAAAGCCAGGAGAUUGCCCGCUUACAGUAUGAUCUAGAGGUUGAACGGAAAGCCUUGUCCAUGGCCAGGGCUUGGGCUGAAGAUGAGGCAAAAAGAGCAAGAGAACAAGCUAAAGUACUUGAGGAGGCUAGAGAUCGCUGGGAGAGGCAAGGCAUCAAGGUAGUUGUUGACAAUGACCUCCGUGAAGAGGCCUUGGCUGAAGUUACAUGGCUCGAUGCUGGCAAGCAGUUCUCAGUUGAAGGAACUGUCAGCAGGGCGGAAAAUUUGAUGGACAAGCUGAAGGCAAUGGCAACAAAUAUAAAAGGAAAAUCCAGAGAUAUAAUUGAUAAAAUCAUCCAAAAGAUAGCCUUGCUUGUAUUCAAUUUGAGGGAAUGGAUUCCCCGGGCUGGAAAAGAGGCUGGAGAACUGAAAGAUGCUGCCAUUUCGAAAGCCAGUAGAUCAGCCCAAGAGUUGCAGCAAAGUACCUUGGAGUUUAGCUUGGCUCUCAAAGAAGGUGCAAAGCGCGUCGCCGAAGAUUGUAGGGGAGGAGUGGAGAAACUCACCCAGAAGUUUAAGACAUGACUCCUAUCUCUAUAACAAUUUUUACGGAUGACGGGCUACUGAGGAGUGAGAAUUGUAAAACAGUUUUGAGAUUCUGUUAAUGAAGGGGAUAAUCCAUCACCCAUGUUUAUUAUACCAUAUUGAUGAUUAGCUAGGUAGCCUUUUGUAAUAAAUACAGUUGCACAUCUUAGCUGUAGUAAAUUGGAUUGGAUCAUCCAGAUUUUGGUAUUUGGAUUGAGGAAGGGUCAAUCUGGCUCCAUGAGUCCUUGUGGCUGAUGUAAAACCCGAUCGUUUUACUUUUUGUUUGGGAAAAGAUGUAAACCCCGUUAUUGCCUAAUAAAACCGCCUGGUUACAUUUCAAA